CUAGAUAUCAACUCCCAUUCUCCAAAACCCUUUUAUUUACUCCAUCCAAAUCGCUCAAUGCAAAAUCUCUUAGCUCAAAAUUGAUUUCUUCUUCCCAUUUAUGGGUCAAAACUGUAUCCAAGAAUCGGCAAGGUUCACCAUUUUUGCUCGUUAUCAGCUGAGCCCGGGGGAAUAUGCUAACUCGGGAUUGCUUUUGAAGUGAGUUUUGGAUGAUGGGUUUGUUUGGGUUUCCUUAUGUGGAGUUUGAGGUGGAUUUUAGUUCUAAGGACGUUUAGUCUUGUGAUUGCUGGUUUCGAAUUAGUUGCUACCAAUGCAGGUUAGGAAAAUGAUCCUGACAAAGCAAUACCGCUGCGUACAUUCUCCAAGUUGUGCUUGUACAAAAGGUCACCUUAGUGAAGAAAUCAUAUUUUUAGUUUUUAACCAUUUAAAUUGGAACCCAAAAUUGAUUGCAGCACUUUCUUGUGCUUGCAAAUGGUUUGAUGAUCUUGCCAAACGUGUUCUUUGGAAGGAAUUCUGCAAAACUCGAGCUCCUAAGAUGAUGCUUGAUAUGCAGUCAAGUGGGAGUCAUAGUGUAGAUGGAAACUGGAGAGCUCUUGGUAAGCUGCUCAUAUAUUGUUCUGGAUCGCGCAAGGAUGGGCUGUUCAGUAGUAGUCACAUUCCAGGUCAUUUUGUCUACCGUACACGCUUCUCAAGGACAUCAGGGAAGAGCUUUUUGCUACCACAAUGCAGAACAGAUGUCUUGUACGUAUCAGAUCCUUGUGAGCACCUUGACCAGGGGGAUGAUGGUGAUGUGGGAUUCUUUCGUGGAAUAUUCAAAUCUUUUGCUACUUCAAAGGCCAGGAAACUGCUCAUAAACAGAAGCGCUCCACUACAUCCAACUGAGAUCUGCCCUUACUGUAAGGCAAAGCUAUGGAACAUGCUCGCGGCAAAGAUGAUACCAUCGAGUGCUAGCUGCCGGUUGGGUGCUUAUGAUGAUUGCAUCGAGUACUAUGUUUGCCUUAACGGACAUGUGCUUGGGAUUUGUACCCUCUUGCCCUUGUCGGACACCGAUGAAGCAUCAGAAGAGUGAGGCAUGAUUAGAGGCCAGCAGGUGUCACAGACUUGAUGCGUAAUGGUGGCUGCUACAAAUUGUAUUUGCUCAGCUGGCCACACAAAUGAUUGUUAACUACUCUAUCUAGCCCAUUGUUUGUACAUUUUAAUGGAAGUGCAGCUUGAGAGUUUGUAAUAUACAAGUGCUUGUCUUCAAUUAAUUUAAACGACUCUUAACUUGAGGGGAA